CUCCGCUCCCAGCCACCGCCCGAGCCCCGCCAGGGCUCUGCGAGGGGCUAUCCCCUAUAGCCCUCAGCUCCCCCCUAUUCCAGGCUCCAUCACACCCUGAACCUCAUCUAGGUUCUUCCUUACCCCCCCCAUCGGCACCUCCAGACCCUCCGCCCCCAGCCCGCUCCCUAGCAUCCUACCUAAUCCCGGCACCCCCGCCCUCUCCCUGCGCCCCCGCCUUCCCAGACUGCCCCCCGCCAACUCCUCUGAGCCUCCUCCUCUGUCAUCCAGGGCCCUGCUCCCUCCAGAAUCCCCUCUGGGUCCCCCUCAUCGCCCCCUGGGUCCAAGACUCGGUUGCUCUGAGCCCCCAGACCAUUGCGGAUUUUCCAGCCCUUCCCCCUGCCUUCCAGUAACACCGCUUUUCGCCCCCCGCCCUUUCCUCCAAGCUCCCCCUCCACCUCCCCAGCCCAGGUCCCGCCCUAGCCCCUCCUUCUCGCUCUCGGAACUGAGUCCUGGCUGCCGGGGGUGGGAGGAGAGGGGAGGGGAGGCGCGUGUCCGAUGACCCGUCCCGUUGCUGCCUCGGCUAGGGAGCAUCCAGGGCAGCCACGUCUGCCUCGGCGGCAGCGACUCGGAAACCUCCACCACCUAAGUACGGCUGCCCGCGGGGAGCGUCUGUCCUAACAGCUGUUUUGUCUGUCUGUGCCGCAGCUGCAGGAUGCUGACCAGCCUGUAUGAGUGGUUUUGGAAGGAUGAGUACUGGUUCCCUCCUGGAUACUCAUGGGCUGACACAGAGGAUUCAGAUGGGGUCACCUACCCUCACCCCAGGGACCUGCUGGCAUCCAUUCCCAUAGCAUUGGUCUUAAUGGUCAUCAGAUUUGGCUUUGAGAGGGUCAUUGCAAUGCCCCUGAGCAGGGCUUUGGGUAUUCGUGAUCGUCUCAGGGUCAAGGCUGCCCCCAACCCCAUCCUGGAGUCCUUUUUCCGGACCCAUGAUAAGGAUCCAAAAGAGGCUCAGCUGAGUCACCUGGCCAGCCAAUGCGGCCUCUCUGUGAGGCAGGCCCAACGCUGGUUUCGGCGCCGGAGAAACCAGGAGCGACCGUUACUGAGCAAGAAAUUCUGUGAAUCCUGUUGGAGAUUUUUAUUUUACUUCUCUUCUUUCUCUGGAGGCUUCCUCGUGCUGUACAAUGAAACAUGGUUGUGGGAGCCCAAGACCUGCUGGGAUAGAUACCCCUUCCAGCCACUACAGCCUGCCAUGUACUGGUGGUACCUCCUUGAACUUGGCUUCUACCUCUCUUUGCUGCUGACUCUACCCUUUGAUGUUAAGAGAAAGGACUUAAAGGAGCAGGUCAUCCACCACCUUGUCACGAUCAUCUUGAUUGGAUUCUCUUAUUCUGCCAAUCUCCUGCGCAUUGGUACCUUGGUGUUACUGCUGCAUGACAUAUCUGACAUUUUCAUGGAGGCCUGUAAAAUGUUUAAUUAUGCACAGCGGAGGCUUAUCUGUGACACACUCUUCGUCAUCUUUGCCCUGGUGUUCAUCGUUAGCCGGCUCAUUCUCUUCCCAACCAAAAUCCUCUACACUACCUACUAUGAUUCCAUGAUCAAAUUCCAGCCCUUCUUUGGAUAUUAUUUCUUCAAUACCCUCCUCAUGGUCCUUCAGGUUCUCCAUGUCUUCUGGUCCGGCCUCAUCCUCCGUAUGGUCUACAAGUUUGUUUUAGCUGGCAGGAUGCAGAAUGACAUAAGGAGUGACUUGGAAGAACAGAACACAAGUGAUGAGCAUUCUGAGGCACCCCGACAGAAGAAUGGGAGGCUCCAGCCCAGUGACAAAACAGACACUUGUAACCUCCCCCGGGCCAGGGGCGCUCGGGGGACUGGGUCCAGCAAGCUGGCCAAUGGGCACGUCCUAGCAACAUAGCCGGGUCUGGCUCACAUUCGUCAGAUGGCCUGGAUGACUGGUCUGCAGACUGUCUGAGGAUUCGGUUGUCAUGAGAAAUCUCCCAGAAUCUGAUGCAGCAUGGACUCCAUAGGCCUGGACUAGGACCCUUUCCUUGUUUAUCCAUCUCAUCUCUGUCCCCACCUCUGCUGGACCUGAGGGAGGAGGAAGAAAGAUAGAAUCUCUGCUGAAGAUUUGGGGGUGGGCUUAAUGAUCUUUCUCCUCAACAGCCUUUAUCCUGAGCCAGUGUCCCUGGACUGGCUGCUAAGGCCUUAGAAAGCCAGAGUGAUGGGGGAUACUAGGGAAAGGCUCUGUUUCUGCUAUGCAGGUACCCCUGAGGAGAGAGCUGAGGGACCCCUCCACCCCCCACCCCCCCCACCCCCAGAGCUGCCCUACAUCCCCACGGAGGCUAAGGAGGAGCGGGCUUCUUUCUGAGCCAAUGAAAGGGACCUGGGCUUGUAGGCCUGGGGCUGGAUUGGGCUGACCAGCCUCAGACUUCUCUCCCCAUCCCAGCCUGAAGCCUUACCUCUGCAAGCCUGUUCAGGAUAGGGAUGGGAGUGUGCAUUCUGGGUUUCCCCAGGCCCAGAGAGGGAACAAUAAAGCUUGAAUGGAGUAGUUUUCACUGUC